AUGAACGAUAUCCAGGAAAUAGUAGCUGAGAUUUCUGAGCUUGAGAAACAAAGAUAUCAAUUUGAAGCAGAGCUGAAAUUGGUUCAUGUCUCGUUGGAUGCUGCUAAUGUGCGUCUGCACAAUGUCAGGGAAGAAAGAGAUCACUUCUAUGAAGCGAAUGAUCAGAUUGUUGCCCAUUUGAAAACAAAGGAAGAUGAAUUGUCAAAAUCGGUUUCUACAUGUAAAGUAGAAGCAGAAGUUCUCCAUACAUGGAUUAAUUUCUUGGAAGAUACUUGGCAUCUCCAGUCAUCGUAUGCAGAAAUUAAGAACAAGCAAGUCGUUGAGGUAUUGGAGCAACAUGAGGACCAUUUUGUGAACUUUGACAUUACUCUUCUGUCUGCUUACAAGAAAGAGCUGGGCUCUUCUAUUAGCCAUACCAAUAAAUUUGCAGAAAACCUGAAGAAAUUGAGUGAGAGAUCAAAGAUUACAUCUAGCAGAAGAAAUGAUGAUUCCAAAGAAUUGAACCUGAGGAAACAUCUCGAGGAGGAAUAUUCUGUUUAUGAAGACAAGAUUAUAACCAUCUUCAAUGUGGUGAAUAACUUGAAAGGGCAGUUUAAUGCUAAGCAUGGGACUUCAAGGAAAGAUGAUCCAAAGGUUAAAGAGCUAUUUGAUGAUAUCGAGAAGUUGAGAGCAGAAUUUGAAACCAUUGAAAGGUCACUUUUAGAAAUUGGGACUCCAAAGGUUGAUAGUCUCGAUGAGAAGCCACAGGAAACUUUAUCUCCACACGCACCUCUGGAAUCAGCACAACCUGAACCUGAGACAAAAGGGACUCCACAAAAUGCAUCAGGUGCUAGACGCUGCAGCCGAACUAGCAAAAGUCAGGAGUCGGAGUUUGGGAAGGUUACUCAAGACUAUACGUCGGAGGAGAUAGGUGAGUGGGAGUUUGAUGAACAUGAAAGGGAGUUGAUUUCUGGUGAUUCUGCAUCAGGUAAAUAGAUCAGAUAAAUUAUGCUCAAGGAAACUAUAAUUACAUGUAUCAAUUAUCAACUACCUACCAGCCAGAGCUGCACUUUUGAAAGAAGCUUUCACUGUAAUUUCUGUAAGAUUGGAUGGGGUUUCAAUUUGUUGAUUCUUCUGUAAA